GUUGAUUGAUGAGGAGGGGUCAUAUAUCCAUUCCAUCAAAGGAAGUUGGGCACAUUUGUUUCGUGGUACAAUUGUUGAAGGUAGUGUUUAUUAUAUUAAGCAUUUUGGCGUGGUUGAUAACAAGAACCGGUAUCGUGUUGUGGGAGACAACAAAUUCAUGCUCCACAUGUAUGCAAAUUCUACUCUUAUACCACUUGCUGAUGAAACAUCUAACAUCCCAAUGCAUCGCUUUGACCUACUACCAUUUGAUAUGGUUCACACAAGAGUGGGCCAGGAUUAUAUCCUUACAGAUGUAGUUGGACGUGUUUGCAGCGAGGGCAAGAUUGAGGAGAAGGCCAUUUUUAACCGUAUGGUCCCAUGCCUUAUGCUAGAACUGCAGGAUGUGAGGGAAGUAAAAAUGAGGCUUACUCUUUGGGAUGAUUGUAUUGCGGCUUAUAUGGACCAAAAAAAGGGAUCAAAGGGAACAUUAUUGCCGACGUUUUCACAUCUAAUAUCGUCAAGGAAUUCAUGAAGUCCCCUACUUUAUCUUCCACCACGGCGUCAAAAGUGUUCUUGAACAUUGAUAUUGAUGAAGUUUUGGGCUUGAAAAAGAACAAUGUUUGGGCAAAUGAAUCAACAAUGCAACCACUGAUAUUCCAGAGAGAAGUUAUCAACAGAGACACUAUUUUAGCCGGUUUGAAAAAUGUUGCUGAUAUUCUUCGUAUUGCUACCUCUAAUUUUGAGAUUGGCACAUCUUAUUUUUGCCAUUCUUGGAUAUAUGAUAUCAACAAGAACAGUGGUUGGUAUUACAAUUCAUGCCGCAAUUGCAAACGGUUGAUCAAAGCAUGUGGAGACAAGUUUUGGUGCAAUAAAUGCCAAAAAGUAGUGGAUGAUGCUGUUCCGAGAUAUCGUAUAGAUGUUGGGGUUAAGGAUGACAGUGAGGCUACAAGGUUUAUAAUCUUUGAAGAGGAAGCUGAGAAAACUAUUGGUCAAUCGGCAAUGAGCGUGUAUGAUAUAGAAGACAAAAAGGAGGGUAAUGAAUCGGAGGGAGACUUGCCAGCGUUGAUUGCCAACAUUAUUGGUCGUCGUUAUGUAUUUCGUGUUAAACUUACCGAAUACAACAAGACUGCUUAUAAGCAGAGUUUCACCGCGACCAAGGUCUUUCCCGAAUCUUAUUUGGGAAAUGAUGAUAAAUCCCAGAAAUGUGGGAACGCAUCAAGGAGUGGCGUAAAAGAUUCAAUGGAUGUCUCCCCCAAGUAAAAUGUGCCGUUUAAGUGAGGACGUACUCAACGUGAGUGGAAAGCACUUGAAGAAUGAGGCGCUGAAUAUGCCACGACUUCAGCUACUGCUUUAUUGUCUUCAUAUUUAAAUUCCAGCAAAUAAAGGACAAGUUUCCCG